CUGGAGCAGAUGAGUGACCCUCUUACCCUGGUGCCACAGCUGUUGCCUUUUUAGGAGACACCUGAUCGCAGCUCAGCACAGCCACACAAAGAGCUGCUGAUAACGCCUGGAGCGAGUUCAGAUGAUGAAACCAUGCAGCAGUAAACAGUGGGCAGGGCUUCCAGAGACACACACGUACAGCUGUUGUGUCUGCGCUGAAGAAAGUCACCUCCAGCCGUUGAGGAGCUCAGUCUGAUGCUGUAGGAUCUCUGACACAUUCAUGGAAAAGUUCCAGGCUGCUAUGGUUCUCGGAGGAGUGGGAGAUGCCCUGGGAUACCGCAAGGGCCGGUGGGAAAUGUGUAUCUCAGGGAAACAGAUUCAGCAGGAACUGGCCACUCUCGGGGGUCUUGGAGCCUUGAAGCUAGACGCUGAUAACUGGCCGCUCAGUGACGGAGUGCUGAUGCACAUGACCACUGCAGAGGCCCUGAUCACUGAUUACUGGUGUCUGGAGGAUCUGUAUCGGGAGCUGGUGCGGCUCUAUGUGGAGGCCAUGGUUCGUCUGCAGGGCCGAGUUCCAGAGCCCAGUACUGUGGAGGGAUGCGUCAACCUCAAGCCACACAACUUCCUGUUAGCCUGGCACACACCAUUCAAUGAGAAAGGUUCUGGUCACGGAGCUGCGACUAAAGCCAUGUGUGUGGGUAUGCGCUACUGGCAGCCCGAGCGGCUGGACAAUCUGGUGGAAGUGAGCAUAGAGACGGGCCGAAUGACCCACAAUCACCCCAUAGGGUUCCUGGGCUCUCUGUGUACGGCUCUCUUCGCCUCAUAUGCCAUCCAGGGUAGACCGCUGGUCAGCUGGGGUCGUGACCUCAUGACGGUCAUUCCCAAAGCGGAGGAAUACUGCAGGAAAACCAUCCGACAUAUGGCAGAAUAUCAGGAGAAGUGGUUUUACUUUGAGGCCAAAUGGCAGUUUUAUCUGGAGGAGAGAGGAAUAGAAGAUGGUCAAAGUAAACCGAUACUCCCUGACCGAUAUGAUGUUGAAGAGACAGACAAGAUGUACAAGCGCUGGAGUUCAGAGGGCUGUCCCGGACGCAGGGGUCACGAUGCACCUAUGAUUGCGUACGACGCUCUGCUGGCAGCUGGAUCCAGCUGGGAGGAGCUGUGCAAACGGGCCAUGUUUCACGGAGGUGAGAGCAGUGCGACGGGUUUGAUCGCCGGCUGUCUUUACGGGCUGCUCUACGGGAUCGACCAGGUUCCCGCUGGACUUUAUCAGGAUUUGGACAAAAGACAAAAACUGGAAGAACUGGGAGGACGAUUAUACCGAGCCGCGGCAGUAGAGAAAGCUCAGAGGGAUAAGCAGCAGCUCUCCAUCAUCUCAACCCUGGAUCGGCGAGCCAUGAAACAGCUGAUCCUGGAUUGCGCAACACAUCCGGAGGUCAGGACCAUUCUGGAGAAUCUUCUGCUUUACCAAAACCAAGACCUUCCAAACUCUCCGUCAGCAACCUUAGGAAGAGCCGGUCCACGUCUAACUGCCUUCCAGCUGCUCAGAUCUAAGUUUCUGAGGAGUGUGCCGAAGCCAGCACUCACCCGCAGACGAGAGGUGGGCUCUCUGAACACAAAACAGUGGCAUAUUAAAGACACAAGCAGACUGAGAGCUGAUUCAAGACCCGGGAUGAAGAGAAAAACCUCCAAAGUUCAGAACAUGCUGGAGAGAUUUACAGCAGCAGAGAGCAACACCAUAAAGAAACCACAAACCAACAGACGGACAGGCAGAAUCAUGUUUAGCAGUUUAAUCAAGAGAUUUGAGACUCUAGUGACGGAGCACAGCAGAAAUGAUUUGACACACAAGAUCAAGAGACACAAGAAUGAAUCAACUGUUACACAGGAAACACUAAAACAACACAAGAACAAACCAACUGAUUCACAAGAAGUAUUAAAGCAACACAAGAACAAAUCAACCAAUACACAAGAAGAACUAAAUCCAUACAAAAACAAAUCUACUGAUUCACAAGAAACAAUAAAGCAAUAUGAGAAUAAGUCAAUUGAUUCACUAGUACUAAAGCAACAAAAGAAUGAAUCAAUUGAUUCACAAGAUCCACAAAAGCAACACCCGAACAAAUCUAUUGAUUCACAAGAUACACUAAAGCAACAAAACAAUGAAUCAACUGAUUUACAAGAAAGACUAACGCAACAGAAGAGCAAAUCAAAUGAUGUACAAGAACCACUAGAGCAUCAAGAGAAUAAAUCAACUGAUUCACAAGAAGCACUAAAGCAACACAUGAACAAACCAACUGAUUCACAAGAAGCACUAAAGCAACACAAGAACAAAUCAAACAUUGAACAAGAAUCACUACAGGAACACAAGAAUGAACCAACCAAUUCAAAAGAAGAACUAAAGCAAUAUGAGAACAAAUCAAUUGAUUCACAGGAAAGAUUAAAGCAACUGAAAAAUAAAUCAAAUGAUGUGCCAGAAGCACUAAAGCAACACAAGAAUGAAUUAACUGAUUCACAAGAAAGAUUAAAGCAACUGAAGAACAAAUCAAAGAAUGUACAAAAACUACUAGAGCAUCGUGAGAAUAAAUCAACUGAUUCACAAGAAGCACUAAAGCAACACAAGAACAAAUCAAGCAACGAAAAAGAAUCACUACAGGAACACACGAAUGAACCAGUGAAUUUAAAAGGAGCACUAAAGCAAUAUGAGAACAAAUCAAUUGAUUCACAAGUACUGAAGCAACACAAGAAUGAAUCAACCAAUUCACAAGAAGGACUAAAGCAACACAAGAAUGAAUCCAUUUUUUUGCAGGAAUCACAAAUGCAAUAUGAGAACAAAUCAACCGAUUCACAAGAGACAUUAAAGCAACACAAGUACAACCUAUCAGAUACACAAAAAGUACUACUUCAACACAAGAAUGAACCACCAAAUUCACAAGAAGUAAUAAAUCAGGAUGAGAACAAAUCAACUGAUUCACAAGAACACUGGAAUCAAACUACAGGAGCGAGUGACAAAGACUCAGCAGGACAGAAAGAGCUCAGACUUCAGGAGCUGAGUGAGACCUUCAGUCUAGAAAUGAAGGAUGCAUGUGUUUCUGAUGCAACUCUGAAAGAGUGUCAAGCUGAGGAAAGAUCAGGACAUCAGUGUCUCAAUGGAGUGUCUCAAAAGAUGCAUCUGGACUCAGUCGGUUCAUCUCCUGAGGUUUGUUUGGACAUGAACUCAAAAACAACUCUCAGACAGACUUUAGAGAUGAACACACAGAUUCUACAGAGACCUGGAGUACUGAAGAACUCAGACGAUACAAGUGACCUCAUCGUUAGUGCUUCUGAUGGGCAGAUUUCAUCUGAGCUGAAGGUUGUGGAAAUGAAGGACCAACAAACAAAGGAUGAGAGCGCAUGUCAUCUUUCAAAAGGAGAAACACCAAAGUAUAGGAGUGUGAAUUACUGUGACCCUUCAGUGAGACUCACCUACAUCCCCAAAACCAUCAGAUUCACUGACACCUUCAACUUCUGAAGACGUGAUUUGAUUUGAUUUUUUGUGCAUGUCAGAAUUAACAUUAUUUAUUGCAUGUGUCACAUCCAUCAGAUGCAGGUUUAAUCACGGUUAUGUCAGAUCUAAUUUAUCCACAUCAUAUAUUUCAUACACUAAACAGUAGCUGUGAGGCUCAUGUAGAACAAUUUGUUUUUGUUUUCAGAUGCUGUUUUUCUGUGGUGUGUGAGUUUGUUUCACAAGAUAAAAAAAUUAAAAAGGUCAUAGUUGUCACAUAA